GCCCUUCCGCCUCAGUUGCUUUUUCGUGCGUGCACGCUGCACACGUAUAGUGAGUUUAACCUAGAAAAGUAAAGUAAGAUGCCCAAAAAAUCGAAGAGAGAAAGAGAGCCUGAGGAGAGGUUGGAAAGGCUCCUCAAGAAAGUUAAAAAGUUGAAUGCUGAGGUGGAAAACGUUAAGACUGGCCUAAAUAAGGACGAGGACGGCGGAAAUAAAUCUCCAUUGGGUGAUGAAAAUGCUUCGCCAAACACCAACAAUGGCGUACUGCAGUCACCGCCUCCCAGAGAUCCGUUGUCUCCUGAGGGCACCGAAAGCGAGGGAAAAACUAUCGAAGAGGAGGAUGACGAAACUAUCGACGAUGAUAAUUGGAAUAAAAUAAUUGGUGAGGACCCUUCUUCUGCAAAAGGUGAAAAACUCUCCGUAAAGAAAGAUUUAUUAAAGAUAUGGCAAUUUCUCUGUCGCGAUGGCAUGUCAAAAGAAAAGGAAGAGGCCUUGAUUGAAAAAUAUCAGACCUUAGAGGAACUGGCUCCACCCGACUUGAACCCACAGCUAGACAGCAUUUUGAAAGAGACAGNCACAAAUUCCGCAGUCGACAUAAUCCUGGCGUCAUUAAGUAAAUCGACAUUUAAACAAUACAACGGCGCACUGAAGCAGUGGUCUGAUUUUACAAAAAGAGCCAAUAUUGAAUUUUUUGAUAUUACCCAGGAGCUUCAUAUGGAACUUUAA